GUUGUUCGGCUUCGUCACUCGUGGCUCGUGGUGGUGCGUUGCGUGAAGACACAAGUGAUCAGUUUAUUAUAGUUUUUUUUUCGUAAGGUCAGAUAAUUUUACGGAGUCUUUCACAGCUUGAUGCCAAGUCGCACCUCGCGAGCUGAAUGCAGUGUUUUAGCGGUGAUAGUUUAUUUUUUUGUGAAUUGUGUGCUCAUUUGUCAUUCGUACGCCCGACCGCUUCUGCUGCAGGCCUCUGGCGAUAGGAGUAGAUGUUGUCCAAGUGCCAUUAACCCCACCCACAAUAUUGUGGAAGUGCAGACGAAGAGCUGAAGAAAAGUGUGAUUGAAUGUUGAUUAUUUAUAAAACAUUUGACAAACCUAUACUAAUUAAUUAGUGUAUAUUCAUAGUGUUAUUAUAAAGAUUAUUAUUAAAAUUGUCCAUAUUUGUGUAAACGGUUUUAACGAGAAGCAAUUUGUUUGCCGUUCGAUAAGUGCCGCAUAUGCCCCAGCAAGUGAGCUAUUGUUUGUUAAUUAAUUUAUAACAUCAAAAAUUAAGACGGUGGUGCGGAUUCUAGCAUGCGUAUGAUGAAGUGCGAGUUUGUAAUGAUCUGCGCUUAAAUCUGGACUCUCAAAGUUCGGUACCUGAAAUCCGGAAGUGCUACCGAAAGUGUGAACAGAAGGUAGAAAAAACACCGACCUAAAAUUUCCUUUCUUCUACUGGAGUGAAGUGUGCCAAACAGUUCUUAAAGAGGAGUUAAUUCUCAUAAUUGUGAUAAAUAAUCUGUUCCUGUACAAAAGAUUUAUUAACAGCUCGAUCGGAUCGAGCCCCGGCGAUUUUCGACCACUGACUGGUAUAGCAAGCAGUCUCGGUGUGGUUAGAAGGAAAGUGUGAUCUUCGACACCUGGCCGGAGCGUAUAGGCUUACCCCACAGUUAGUCACAAAUGCGUUCGGUGGAGGAGAUCGCAACGUCCCACAUUCUGUCCGCAAUUGAUCCGCUGAUGACGGGAACGACCAAUGGCAGCGCUAGCGGAGCGCCCAACGGUAGUCAAUCACAGCUCAGUACCAGCGGGGUUGGUCAUGGGCGUGGGUCCGGCGAACGAAACCUAUCCGUCACGUUGGACGAUCGCGAUCUAUGGUUGCGGUUUCAAAACCUUACCAACGAGAUGAUUGUGACCAAGAACGGAAGGCGCAUGUUCCCGGUUGUGAAGGUGACCGCGGCCGGUUUGGAUCCCACCGCGAUGUAUACGGUGCUGCUGGAAUUUUCCCAGGUGGACUCGCACCGCUGGAAGUACGUCAACGGAGAAUGGGUCGCCGGCGGAAAAGCCGAAGCUCCUCCCCCGAACCCAGUCUACCUGCAUCCGGAAUCGCCCAAUUUCGGUCAACACUGGAUGAAAGAGCCCAUAUCCUUCGCGAAGGUCAAACUAACCAACAAAACAAACGGAAAUGGGCAAAUAAUGCUGAACUCACUGCACAAGUACGAACCACGGGUUCAUCUGAUCCGUGUUGUGUCGGAACAGCGCGAACAAAGAGACGUACAUACCUACCCAUUCCCGGAGACUCAGUUCAUAGCGGUGACUGCCUACCAGAACGAGGAGGUGACUUCACUAAAAAUUAAAUAUAACCCGUUCGCGAAAGCCUUCCUAGAUGCCAAGGAACGACCGGACUCAGUAUAUUCAAGAGAAAAUGCAACCUACGGUUGGUUGAACUUCCACCCUUCCUAUGCGACAGCUCCGUCACCGCUGUCAACUGCGGAGCGUUACCAACAUACGACCGUCCGUUCCAAUCGUGCAGCACCUUAUACCACACAACGAUCACGGAACACUAGUGGGAGUACUUCUCCGCAACCAACUGGGUAUUUACCACUGGAACCGGUAGCCUCGCCUGUAUUUUCCUCGUAUUCUACGGCGUGGCAAUCACAACCAUCUUCCGCGUCUGGUUCCUACUGGACUAGCCAGAGUACGAAUCCUGGUAGUCCCAACUCAAUAGCUCCUAACAUUUCACCAACACCGUCGAACGGAUCUCCGAACUACGUGACAUCGUCUCCAACCUACGCAACACAUCAUCUUUCGGCGCACAACACUCAAUACAGUUCCACACCUUCAACAAGUACUGCUGCGCAGAUCGACGUCUACCAACCCAGUGCCUCUCCACAGCAAAUCUACGCAUCUGCUGCCGGUCAUCAGAUAUAUCAUCCUACUCCGACGGUGUCGCCUAACCAUCAGUUGUACGGCAACGUUCUGAACGCUCCUACAAUAACGAACAUCGGCUACUCGACGUCUUGGCACGCUGCAAGUGACUAUAGUGUCUACCAAAGUAGUUACCAUUAUCCAACGGCGGAGUACAUUCCGAUGAUCGGUGACAUUGGCACUUACAAUCAUCCAGCAGAAAUAACUGAACUAACAUCGGUUCCAACAUCACACCAUCGCCACGAGCCGGUGGCAGCUUCCUCACCCGUAUCGAUCCAGUACCACCACAGCCACCAUAGUCAUCCGUCGGCUGCCGACAGUUCCCUCGUAACGGGUACCCACGGUGGUCAUCAUCACUGUUCGGAGAAUCACUCACCGGAACCUAGCAAUCAUACUGUUAAUGGAGGAUCACCGGGUAUCCCGGUUGGCAGUGGUGGUCACGCAUCGCAUAGCCCCGUCAGAAGUGGAUCAACUGGGGCUUGGACUCCGUUGACCCCACCGCAGACCUCUCACAUCUAAUGGUUUUGUUGAA